CUACACUCUCGCGAUAUUUUAAGACACUACGUCAUUCCAUGAUGGCUGAAGAUUCUGGCGGGGUAAUUUUCAACAUCUCUCUCAUUCUUUUCUAUUUUUCUCGAUUUCAGCUUGCCCUUGAGCCAUGGCUGGACUCGCCACCACGAUAAGCGUUCACACAACAUUAGUGUCGACAUGCCCAAAAAAGGGAGCCGAAAACGGCUGAAAUACCGAGCUGGGGACGUUUGCUCGGAAUCAGUGACUGUGGCUGAUUAUGCUGAUGCCGAUCCAGCCAUUGUGAAGUCUGGUAGGGUGAAAAAAGCUGUUGCGAAUGCAGUUGAAAAAGAAGUCAAAUUAUUAUGUGGCCUGGAAGCAUCACAGGGUGCUGUCGAGGAGGUUCUGUCAUCUGCUGUAACCAGAGACAGCAGUGAUGACCGAGACGCGGACGAAGAUGGCGAGGGCGAAACUAAAGUGAUCCAUAAGAAGAAAAGCAAGAGGAGAAAGGAAAGCAGCGAGAGCAGUGAUGGAGACGAGUAUCCAGUGGACAUCUGGCUUGUGCUGUCUUCUUAUAUUCGACCAGAAGAUGUAUGCAGAUUCUCACUCAUCUGUAGGAACGCAUGGAUGGUCACAUGCACUGCAGUUUUUUGGACCAGGCUGUACAAAAGACAUUACCGGAUGGACGCCGACCUGCCGUUGCGUCUCCAGCCCGAUCGCAUUGACAGGAUGUGCGGUCUGAGGGCACGUGUAAUUCGCUCCCUUUUCCAUAUGUAUGAGCCGUUCGUCUCACGCGUCUCCGCCAUUCCGACUCUGCCCGAAGCUACGCCCACAACUUUGCUCAAUUCCAAGUGUGUAUUGUUCGGGGUAAAAAAGGUUGCCGGGACUCGACCUGAAGGAUUGUGGGAAUUCAGUUUCAAGUUCGUGAAGCAGCAGGGGAACCCCAGGAAUGGCUGCGCCAAGUCUUUGCCGGUGCCCAAACAGUACGAAGAUGUCCACACCAAUUCAGACUCGGAUUGUUACAUGCUUCAAGUCUCAACAUUCAACUUCAUCUUCACCCCCGUUGUCAUGGGCAUGACACUCACCCUGUUCACCAUCAACGUCAGCACGGACAUGCGCCAUCACCGCGUUCGUCUAGUGUUCCAGGAUUCGCCCGUCCGCAGAGGCAAGAAAAGAGGCGACCACGUCGGGACGCAGGUGGUGCUGGAUCCCGUGCACAGUGUCAGGCUUGUGGACUGGUGGCAUCCACACUACCCUUCUACCUCGUCAUAGUCCAAAAUAUAAAGAAAUUCUUGCUUCAGCAGAAAAAGUGAAAUAUGUUCCAACUGCUGGACAAUACGCACUGACUGAAAAGCCACCAAUUAGGCAAGCGUAUUGUUGCCACACCCCCCCCCAAAAAAAGUCCAGUGUCAUAUUUUUUUUUUUUUCAUGUUUUUACAUAUGUAAAAACAUGAAUUGCAAGCCUCUUGAAUUCUGUCUUAAUAACGAAAAUGUCAACCCAAGAAUGAAAUAAAACUCAAAAUUGAUGAAAUUUUUGGCCGUUUCAAAGGGAUACAUUUUCAAUUUUUUACAUAUCACGCUACACAUUACAUGAUAAUUAUCACGUUUUUCCAUGAUAAUUAUCACAUUUUUACAUGGGAUUUCAUGGUUUUCCAUGAUAAUGAUCCCAUUUUUGUUUUUCCUGAGUUUUCAAGUGUUCACAUGAUAAUUAUCACAUUUUUACAUGAUUAUUGUUACGCUUUUCCAUGAUGAUUAUCACAUUUUUACAUGGGAUUUCAUUUUCAUGACAAUGAUCACAUUUGUACUUUUUUUCCCCCUGGGUUUUUAGGUUUUUACAUGACAGGGAUCAUUUUUGCAUUAUCAUUUUUUUCUUUAAUAAUUAUCACUUUAACAUGAAUUUUCAAGAUUUUACAUGAGAUUUUUACAUAAUUACCGCAUUUUUCCAUAAUCCCCCCC